AUGUCCUUCACGACACCUUCAUUGCUGGAUGCCGCUGCUCUCGUUGUAGCCCUAUAUGUGGCCAAACGCCUUUUUUCUCGUCUCACGUCAAAUAAUCUGCCGCUUCCCCCUGGGCCCUCAGGACUGCCAAUGAUCGGCAACGCACUCGAGAUGCCGACGGUCAAUCCGUACAAGGUGUACGAGGAGUGGGGCCAGAAAUACGGGCCAAUCAUGCAUCUGUCCGCGCUAGGCCUGUCAUUCAUCGUCAUCAACGACCUGAGCAUCGCGACGGAAUUGCUAGAAAAACGCGCCGCGAUAUACUCGGAUCGCCCGACGCUGCCGAUGGCCGGCGAGCUCUCAGGCUGGGACCCUUCGUUGCCGCUACUGCAUUACGACGACCGAUGGCGCGCUCAGCGGAAGUACUUCCACACCUUCCUCGGCGCGCUUAUAUCGCUGCGACUUAUGCGCGCCCCGCAGACGUUGGACCAGAGUAUUCGCAAGGCGACGGCGGGCGUCAUCAUGAAGAUAACGUAUGGAUAUGAUGCAUUGCCUGAUGAUGAUCCCCUCGUCACGCUCGUGAGCGAGGCCAUCAUGGAAUACUUUGGGGGUCUGACGGAACCGAGCAAGGUCUGGCUUGUCGAUUUCUUCCCCGUGUUGAAGCAUAUUCCGACAUGGUUCCCCGGUGCUGGUUUCCGCAGCAUCGCGGCAAAAUCUGCGGAUAUGGCACAUAAGAUGUCACAGGUUCCCUUCGACCUUGUAAAGGAGCGGAUGAAACAGGACACCUCCCAACCCUGUAUGGCUGCGGACUUGCUUGAGCAAUCUACGGGUGGCGAAGACGAGGAGCGCGAGAUCAAAUGGGCCGCGACGAGCAUGUACGGAGGUGCUGCAGAUACUUCUUAUAGCUCGACAUCUUCAUUCUUUCUGGCGAUGACACUCUUUCCGGAGGCGCAGAGAAAGGCGCAAGCUGAGAUCGAUGCCGUCGUCGGACACGACCGUUUUCCCACGCUUGCUGAUCGCCCGAAUCUCCCGUAUACCGAGGGUCUGUUCAAAGAGGUCAUACGCUGGGCGCCGGUCGUGCCUAUGGGUCUACCACACCGGCUUCCAAGACGAUGUCUUCGGGGAGUACCGCCUACCUUCAGGCGCCGUCAUCCUAACCAACAUAUACGCGAUGCUUCAUGA